AUGUCCAACACAAGCUUCGUGACAAUGUUCAUCCUCACAGGCCUUCCCCAUACCCCAACGCUGGACACGCCUCUCUUUGGAAUCUUCCUGGGGGUUUAUGUGCUCACUGUAGUAGGAAAUCUCCUCAUCUUGCUGGUGAUCUGGGUGAAUUCUCACCUCCACACCCCCAUGUACUACUUACUCACUAACCUAUCCUUCAUUGACAUGUGGUUCUCCACUGUCACAUUGCCCAAAAUGCUGAUGACCUUAUCGUCACCUGCUGGCAAAGCAAUCUCCUUCCACAGCUGCAUGAUCCAGCUUUAUUUCUUCCACUUCCUGGGGAGCACAGAGUGUUUCCUCUACACAGUCAUGUCCUAUGAUCGCUACCUGGCCAUCAGUUACCCACUCAGGUACACCUGCAUGAUGAGAGGGAGAACGUGUGCCCUCCUUGCUACUAGCACUUGGCUCAGUGGCUCUUUGCACUCUGCAGUCCAGACCACACUGACAUUCCGUUUGCCUUACUGUGGACCCAACCAGAUCCAGCACUACUUCUGUGAUGCACCGCCCAUUCUCAAGCUAGCCUGUGCAGACACUUCAGUCAAUGAGAUGGUCAUCUUUGUGAACAUUGGGGUAGUGGCUGUAGGCUGCUUUCUCCUCAUAGUGCUGUCCUAUGUAUCCAUCGUCUGUUCCAUCCUGAGAAUUCGCACCUCAGAGGGUAGAUGCAGAGCCUUUCAGACCUGUGCCUCCCACUGUAUUGUGGUCCUUUGUUUCUUUGUUCCCUGUGUUUUUAUUUACCUGAGGCCAGGCUCCAGAGAUGCUGUGGAUGGGGUCGUGGCAGUUUUCUACACUGUACUGACACCCCUUCUCAACCCUGCUGUGUACACCCUGAGGAACAAGGAAGUGAAGAAAGCUCUGUUGAAGCUUAAAGACAAAAUAGCACGUUCUCAUAGAGGAUAA